UCGUCACCUACUUCUACAUCGUGAUUCGAUUGGCGCACUUCCGAUAGUUCCGGUGACUGCGGCCAAUCGAUGCGCGCCGUUAGUAGCGAGUACUCCACGUGAUACCGUUCGCGAAAAAUAUCAGAAUGGCCGAGGCAAACGAGAAUCCGAGGGAAUUAAGCGAAACUAUCCCCGAACUAAAGGAUACGCGCCGUAAAAACGAUUUGUCAAAUUCCAAACACAUUCUGAAAAAGAAGCAAUUCAACAAAUUGGAGCAAAAUGGCAGGGAUAUUUACGUAAACAAUAAAACUUCCUUCAAGGUACAAUUAUACAAGUGUGAGAAACUAUUUGAUAAAGGCGCAUCAGAAUUAAUUAUCCAUGGUCUUGGAGCCACUGUGUUUAAAGCAGUCAACUUAGCCUUGCAAUUAAAGAAGAUUCAUCAUGGAACCUUAGAUCUUGAUAUAAAAACGUCUACUGUAUCGCUACAGGAUGAAUUAGUGAUAUUGGAUGACGACGACGCGGACUAUGGAUUAUAUAAUGGUAAAUUAAAUACCAGACUAAACUCUGGUAUACACAUACGUGUUUUCAGAAGAGUGCCAUUUGCUGCGCUGAGAUUUAAGGCAAACUAAUAUUGAUUCUACAAAACAAUGCAUUUGAACAAGAUUAUGUGCAUAUUACUUUAUCCUAAUUCACUAUAAUAUUGCAAUAUAACUGGCGCAAAGUUGUAUUAUUUUUACAAUGAUCUUUUCUUUAAAUGAGCUUGUUCAUUGGUUGGGC